UUUACUGCGUGUGUAUGUGUGUGUGGUGUGUGUGCGCGUUUUUACUUUUGCAUGUAUCUGCUGAAUGACUGCGUACAUGUGAAAGUAUAAUUUUUCUGCCAUGUCGACAUCCGGAACACUGACUAGUUACUACGUCGAUUCCCUCAUUCUGCCCGAGAGCGAGGAGGUAUCCGUGCCGAGAUACUCCUCUGGUCCUGGGCUCCAGCAUGCCAGACAACCCGCCUCUAUUAGCGACCACAGCGAGCUUGGGACUUGCACCUUCCCGUCCAAACCUCCGGUAUUCGGGCCGUCAUGGAGCCACGUCCCGGCUCAGUUCCCAGGCACCGUCUCCUCUGUUUAUCAUCACCACUAUGGGCAUCCCCAAGGCGCGGUGGGUGCAGAUACAGAUGGCCGUUAUCAGUCGUGGCUGCUGGAGCCCAUGUCUGGUUCCCUGCCCAUGACCGGAUUACCGACGACCCAUCACUACGGUAUCAAACCGGAGGGUCUGGGGACGCGAGCUGACGGAGCGCUGCCGGGCUCCCACACGGCGCUGCUGCUCUCUGAUUACGCCAACGGGACGGUGGCGACGACAUCACCGGUUGAAAAGGACGCCCUGUCCGGCCAAGCAGGGGACAUGAGCGGAGAGGGCGAAGAGAAACCGGGCCUGGAUCCAAAUAACCCAGUGUCCAACUGGCUCCACGCGAGUGCCACGAGAAAAAAGCGCUGUCCGUACACCAAGCACCAGAUCCUGGAGCUGGAGAAAGAGUUCCUCUUUAACACCUACCUGACCAGGGACCGUAGGUACGAGGUGGCGAGGCUGUUAAACCUCACCGAGAGACAGGUUAAAAUCUGGUUCCAGAACCGCAGGAUGAAGAUGAAGAAGUUUAAUAAAGACGGCGCACCGAAAGACGAGUGACUGAAGCCGUAGAUAAAGAUUAUUUAGGCUGAUGGCUGAGCUUUGUGUGUGAAAGCUCUGAAUUCUGCUGGACCUUGUUUUUAAACUUCAUUGUCUUAUUGUUCUAUAUAACAGAAGCUACUAGGCUUAUUUGUCUUGUUAAAAAAAAGCAUGUUGGGCUUCAGUUUGAUGCGACUACCUUUAUAUUGCACAAUUUUAACAGUGCCCACUCGUUUUUUUUAAUUUGUUCUUUUCUUAUGUUGAGUUGAAUUAAUACCUCGUUAAAGUGUAGGCUGUUAGUUGGCCUGAUCCCUGUGCUUGUUUGUGUAUGGAUGUUUCUAGUUGUGUGUGUUCUCUGGUUUGUAGUUCUAUUUGUUGUCUAUCUCUGGGUCACCUGAGCGUCUAGUUUGUAAACUGUGUUAAUUUUAUUGUUUCUCCCUUACUACUAGAACUAUGACUGAU